CAGUCAUCAGUACUCAGCGGUAUUUUAUAUAUUUGCGUACUUGCUCUCCGAGCCCCACGAAAGCGUGCUUCCUCUCUCGAAACUCAAAAGCUUUGGAGACCCAAGCAGGCGCCUCGUUCUCGUUCUCGUUCUCUCCCUUUCUGCUGGUUUUGUUAACUUGCAAUUUGCAGUUUGCUCCAGACCUAGCAGUUCUCGCCGGUGGCGGCGGCGAUUGCGCGAAAAUUUCAAAACCGAUAGAUGGAGGCAAACGAGUUUGAACUUUACAAUUCCCCAAUCCUCUAGGUGUUCCUUUUCUUGUCUGUCCUACAUUAGCAGUUUUAUCGGCUUUAGCACGUGCUUGUCAAAAGAAGGUUCUCAAGAUAUGGACAUUUUGUUAUUGACUUCAAUGGAGCCUCCAAUGAAACGAAGAGCUGGUCUAUGGAUUGUACAGGCAGGACGAGGAUCCUAUCGGGGCAGUUAGUGAGGGUUUUUAGUGAUUAUUUGGCGCUUAUUAUUGCAAUACUGGUUUUUAUUUCCUGGAAAGGUAAGAUAAAUAAAUGGGGUCAACUUCUUUGAGGCAGUUCCUGCAGAGUCUUUGCUGCAAUUCUCCCUGGGACUAUGCGGUUUUUUGGAAGUUUCAGGAGCAUCAAAAUGAAAUGCUUCUGGUAUGGGAUGAAGGACUAUUUGACUUUUCAAGACCAAUGGAUCCCAUGGAAGGCAUGAUGAGUUCUUUUUCUUUGAACAGCUCAUAUGAGAGGUUAACCUCAGCUUGUGUAUCUGGUACACAAAAUGGAAGUUUAAGUGACUGUCCAAUUGCAGUUGCAAUGGCUGAAAUGUCAAAUACUUAUUAUGUAGUCGGAAAGGGGCUUGUAGGUGAAGCGGCAUAUACAGAGUGCCCAAGCUGGAUUUUUGUUGAUAACUUUAUGGCUGGUGGAUUGAGCUCUAAUGUGGUUUCAGAGUAUCCGGAGGAGUUGCUUCAUCAAUUUGUUGCAGGUGUAAAGACUAUGUUGCUAGUGCCUUUAAUUCCACAUGGAGUAUUACAACUUGGGUCACUGGAUGUGGUACAAGAAGAUGCAGGACUGGUGGUCCAUGUGAAAAACAAAUUUUGUGGUCAACAACUUGCAGCAUGCUUUUCACCUUUUAGGGCGGUUAGAAUUUCUCCAGUUCAACCAACAGAUCUGAUGUCUAGUUACAUGGAGAAUUUAGGUGAAUCUUGCAUGGGCAUCUUUGAGAUUGAUGAAGAUCAUAAGGUUUUGGGCAAUUUUGGUAUGGAAGGCCAGCACAUGACAGCUACAAAUCAACUCAUGUCCAUGUUCCAAGAUUCACAUCAGAUCUUCAGUGAAGAUAUGACAAAAAUAAUUGGCAAGGAAACCAAAAGUAAAAUUAACAUGGACUCAGUCAAUCUAAUAGAUUUUGCAGAGCCGUUCAACCAUGAAAUAUGGGAAAAUAGUGAAUUAGAGGUGGUAAAGAAUCUCUUUGGAUCUUCUUGUCUUGAUGAAGAAUUAGCAUGCUUAUCUAACUUUAGCGGCUACAGUACAAGCAAUCUGGGUAACCCUGUUGAUAAGAUUAUGCAAUCUUACUCAAAUAAUGGUAUAGUGGAAUCUUCAUUUGGGGUGAAUGAUUGUCAGAAUGAAAGCUAUGGAAGUGGAAGCCAAAAUUUGAAUUUUCCCUCCGACUGUGAACUGCACAAAGCACUUGGUCAAAUCCUACUGAACCAUAGGGAUCUGAAUUUGUUAGAUGAUAGUGCAGCUGCAAGCUCUAUUUUCAAAGAAGAUAUUAUCAACAUCGAUGCCCCUUCAGCUUGCAAAUAUGGUACAAGCUAUCUAAACAAGACAGAGCAUCUCAUGCAUGCCGUUAUUCCUAAGACGAAUAGCAUCUCAGGUGAUAAUUCAUCUAAUAGGGAAUCAUGUUCUGGAGAAUCAAUUAUGUCAUCCUUCAUGAGAUUAGGUUCUAGACAGGUGGAACAAGGUGCCUUGACAGAAGACAAUCAAGUUAAAUUGAGUUGUGUGACCUCAGCUUUCAGUAGGGACAAGAAUUCUGCACUGAAAGUGUCAUCUUCAGCAUCUUCAUUUGGGUGCAUGAUAAAUGCAUUGCUUGAAGAACGACCUAAGAAAAAUGGGAAUGUUCCCAUCCGCUCCACAAAAGGCUCAAAGUUUACUGAUGCAAACAAACAGAGAGCACGAUCUGGUGAGAAUCAGAAACCUAGACCAAGAGAUAGGCAGCUGAUUCAAGAUCGGAUCAAAGAGUUGCGUGAACUUGUCCCAAAUGGAACAAAAUGUAGCAUUGAUGGUCUCCUGGAUAGGACCAUUAAGCACAUGCAAUUCUUGGCUCGUGUAACUGAUCAGGCAGAUAAAAUAGGGAAGCACGUUGUGAAGAAGGCAUGGAAUCAGAAGGAUAUAAAAUUACCCAAAGUUGAGAGCAACACACAAGAUGGGGCAAGUUGGGCUCUGGAAUUUGAAAAUGAGGAACAAACUUGCCCUAUAAUUGUGAAAGAUCUCGAAUGCCCAGGGCACAUGCUUAUAGAGAUGCUCUGCAAUGACCACGGCCGCUUUCUAGAAAUUGCUGAUGUUAUUCAUCGUUUGGAAUUGACUAUCUUGAAGGGUGCCAUGGAAAAGCGGCCCGAUGAAAGUGCCUGGGCUCACUUCAUUGUCGAGGCCUCGGAGAGCUUCCACCGGCUAGAUAUUUUCUGGCCUUUGAUGCAGCUCUUGCAGCAAAAUCGUACCCAAAUUUCCAGCAAGAUAUAAAAUAUUCGACUGGGUGAGAAAAUCAUCUCUAGCUAUCUUUCUUUCAAGUUUAUCAAAGCAAGGUCAUGCAUGUUGUUUCAUGGCGUGGAAAUAAAAUGUAACCCAAAUACUGCAGGCUCUCGACUGCUGCGUUCCUCUCUCGCUUUAUUUAUAUGUAUGUUUAUUUUUUAUUGUUAUCA